UAUAUUCUGAUCCGCGGAUCAGCUGGGCGAAGCAAUAACACCGCAAAAAUAUCUGCAGGGAGAGGAAAGGGGGAAAAACAGCACAGGCCGAGGAAACAACGGAGGGAUCCUUGCAGAUAUCAUGAUCUGAAGAUCGUGUAGUUUACAGUUUACACUUCUUCUGAGAAGAAAGCCUUUUUUGUUUCUCCCUUAUUUUUUAUGCUGGUGCACUUACUAGGCUACCUCACAGAAAGGCUACCUAAAGCUGUGCUUUAAGAUCUGUGUUUGUUUUUUUGUCCUGUCACGUUUACAACUUGAUAGUUGACGUUUUCUCGCAAAGGCAGGCCUUUGCAGUACAAGAGAGACCAUAAAUUUGCACUUCGAAAGCCCUGCUACUCUUCCAAGACUCCUUCAUCAACAAGGGCUUGACAAGCAAAAGAGGCCAACACACCGUGCUGAUCACUCUCAAACUGCCACUGAAGACCAACAAAAUUAGUAACUGUAAAUAGAUUAUUACAUUUGUUUUCUAAGAAAAACAUCAAGGCAGCUCUCCCUCAGGACGUCAACAAAUCCUACCUUUUGACCUCUGUGGCAGCAACCAUGUUCCAGCGGCUCAGCAACCUGUUGUUCGGAGAGGUGGAGGAUGUCUCCGCCGAGCUGAAUGGACCCAAGCCCUGUGUGACCGAGGCCGAUGACGAAGGAUGGCUUUUGGUCAACUUACCCGGUAAUGGUGACUGCACCAUGUUAGGCGAGGAUGGGGCCGAGGCACCACCAACAGCACAGUCCCUUCCCAACAGUGAGUGUCAGAGGGCGGAGUCUAAACAUGUUCCAGCCACGCCCCCUCGGACAUGUGACCCCGCCCCUUCCCCACGUAAAAGCUGCAGGACUAGAGUGGCCAAGGCUAAGGCGGCAUGCUCCCCGUCCCCCCGCUCCCCCGGCUUCCCCUUUUGCCCUAAUUCUCCCUCCCCCGUUGGGUCAGUAGGAGUGAAAGCGCUGUCCAGCCCCGCCCACUGCCCGCUGGGUUCCGCCCCCGUGUCGCCGGGUUCCCGUAGCGACUGUAGCAGCGGCGGCAGCGGGCUGGAGCGGGGCAGCAUGGACGAGAGCUGGUUUGUCACCCCUCCCCCCUGUUUCACUGCAGAGGGAGCCACCGCGGAGGCCAGCCCGAUGGAGGACCUGCUCAUCGAGCACCCCAGCAUGUCUGUCUACGUCUCCCCUGGAAACCUGUCUGUGGUGGAGCAGAGCGUGGCCAGCCUGACCAGCAGCGUGAGCAGGAUGUCUGAGUCUGUGCCACCUCCUGUGGUCAGGAGCAGCAUGCCUCCCAGGAUGGCCCGAGGUGCGGCCUGUCAGGUGGUUCCCCUGGCUAAGGUGACACAGGUGUCUCGCGUACAGAGGGCCAAAGCCCGUGUAGAGCGCCGCCACCUGGGCCGCAACCGCAUGCAGCGCCAGAACCGCGUCCGCGAGCAGAUCCCACGACACACUGCUGGUGCCCGCACCUCCUUCCUGCACCAACCGUGCCAGCGCAGCCUCUGCCACUGACUGGCCCCAGGGGCAAAGCUUCACAUUGAGGGCAUUAUUAAAUACAAAGUAUCUAGGAGAGGGGUGUCCAAUUCCAACACAGUUUCUAGCUGAUAUUUCCCUGCUCUUCAGGCAUAUUGUAUUUGGAAUAGUUUUGCCUGGGGGGUAUUAUAGUUUAAGAUGUUAGCGAUGUAAUUGACGACAAGAUUAGAGUAGUGAAUGGCCUUCUGUUACUGGUUGAACUCUGUUCUUAUCCAUCUUACCCUAAUAACAGAACACAGCAUUGUGGGGUGUUGUUAUUGUUAUUGAAUGUGUUCUGUGGAUGUGAACACCCAUGCUUAAAUCAUACUAUCUGUGGGAAAUUGGGGAAAUUGUGCACAUAUUUUUUUCUUGUACUAAUUAAAUCCCAUAAAUUACAUCACAUGAACUCCUCUGAAAGCGCUUGAAUCCCACUGGAGUAGUGCUUAACUGGCAACUAACGGCAACUAACUGCUGAGUAUGGAAAUCACCAAACUGUGCUGAAAAAAGGCCAUCCAGGCCCAGAGCUGGACACCCCUGACCUAGACACACCACUUGUUGUCUAUUAUCAUCCACUGAAAUUCUUUCCUACACCAGAGCUCUUUUAUUUUUUAGCAUUUUCAUGUUUCUUAGAAGUGACACAGGUAGAGUUAGUUUAGCCCACGUUAGCCUAGUCCGAUUUACUCUGCAGCUGUAACAUGUUAAGCGAAAACAGGGUUUUUAAUUUAAAGCACUCAAAUCCAUCCAUUACAAUCUCUCUCUAGCUCUCUCUAUCUUUCUCUCUCACCCCACUCAUGUAAUCAGCAAGAAUUUUUUGUUCCGGUAGUCAGGAUGGCCCCACGUUAAACAGUAGCAGCUUUUCCUCAUAUCUUAUGAAUACCGUUGACAUGUAGAGUUGCUAAACUGGCAAUUAGAGCAAGAAGUGAGUAUGGCAACAUGAAAAAUAUUAAAAAGAACAGGACAUCUAUGUUUAGCAGGGCCAUCCAAAAACGUUACAUCAACAAUAACACAGAGUCAGUACAGGACCGGACAUUGAAAUGAUUGAAAUGGGUCUGAAGUCGUAGUUUAUUGUCCUUCAUUUGCUUUCAUGUUUUGUGUUGGAAAAGUCCAUUUGUCUCUUUUCUUUUUUUGUGGGAAUUUUGAAAAGAGGAAAGAGCAUACCGUGAAAACGUGUUGCUAUGCGGGCAAAACUUCCAGCAUGGAAAAAGGGAUGCACUGAGGAAAAGUAAUGCACUACAUUUAUUUCACUCAUAAAUGUACAUAUAUAUAUAUAUAUAUAUAUAUAUAUAUAUAUAUAUAUAUAUAUAUAUAUAUAUAUAAAAUGACAUAUAUCAUAAUCACAUUAACACUACUUUGCCCUUCAGUUUACUUAACUUUGGCAAUAACUGUGUCUAUGUGAUAUAUUUUAGUAAAAUUCAAUGCAUUACAUUUUUCAGUGUGUGCUUUUACAACACACAGAAUGAAAAAAGUAGGUAGAGGAAGGCGAGAGCGAGAAUAAAACAGAUUAAAGAGGCCUCGGAUGUGUUGGACAGAAUAGGGGUUGAUGGGGAAUCAGAGAGGAUUUCAUUAAGUAAGUAUUGUAGCCCACUAAGCAGCCUGAGUAGGCCUACUUAAACAGGCUUAUGGUACCAGCUUAAGGGGAAAAUCCCACCAAAGAAUGAAAUUUUAUAAUUGGUUUGAUUCUUUAGCACUUUAUGUUUGAUUAAUUUUGUGGGUGGGGUUUCCUCUUAAAACACCCAGAAACAGGUUAAUGUUACUCUGCAGUCUUUUGUACCUUAUCAGAAAUGCCAUGAGUGUCACAGCAUAUCAGCAUCUAAUGAAAUAUUGCAGCGUUUUUGGAGCAAAUCUGUUUUGUAUGCUCCAUUACCGUGAAAAAAUCAUUUUGACAUUUCCCUGAAGCAGAGCUGGCCACUGGCUUCAGCUGUGAGUUUCAGGUCAACACUUUUUUGCUGUUUUACUGGGCUGAAAAAACACUGGAGUAUUCCUUCAAGGUUAUAUACUCAUGAUUGUCAGUAUAUAUUUUGGAAGCGGUUCACAGGCUGCUGUGGGUUACAGGGCGAGUUGGGGUAUAUAGAAGGUGCAGGGCGGUAUAGAUGGUGACUCUUUAUUUUGUUUUAUUAUGUUGAACACUGGCAGCCAAAAAUUUGAUUCAGAUCCAGUGAUUUCUAUACUUAUGCUACACUCAUAUCCAUGCUAGCAAGUUCUUUUUAUAUUUUUAACAAUAUUUUUAAAAACUUUAACAGAAAGGCGCUUGCAUGAGUACAUUAGGAUGAUGUCGCAAGAGAGAAUAGUGUGGCAAAGUUAACAAGUGCUUAUUAAAAUUAAUAUUAAAAUGCCACGUAAUAAAGUAAGGAAAUGUAGCGAUCACUGCAAAAAAAACUAAUAUUUGAACCUUUUUUUGGCAACCCAUAUAAUUUGAAUAAUACGUUUUUCUUUUAGAUCCACACAAGGCCUCAGACCCCAUUUCUGUCCCUGUUCUGUGUUCUUUUAACGCCCUUUUUAAGCAUUAGACAUUAUGGCUUAACACCCAAAGCUUAAUCGCGCUACAGAAAAAAAUCACUGUGAUCAGACAAGAAAAACAAAACUGUUUGAUGUCAAAGUUAUAGAAGAGGCAAGAUCAUUCAGUCCUCAUUUGAACUAUCUGCCGUUACAGUAACAGAUUCAUUUCACACUCAUGCACUGUAACACCAGAGUGGGAGCAUGGCCGGAAACUAGCGUACCGAAGCUAACCAGUGUACAUUUGAGAUGCCAAGAUGCACUCACUAGCUAGGAGGCUAUAGGAGGGGAAAAAUACCUCUACACACUUUUACACAUGCACAAUCCGUUAUUUUACAUCGCUCAGUGUUACCUUCCUGCCAUUUCCAAGCGUUAUCCUCCACGUUUUGUGCGCUGGCUUAUGUGUAGUGUCAACGCUAAUAGAUUUACUAUGGUGCUGAAGGUAUAUGAACAUAUACUGCUAUUUGUAAAUCGUUGAGACUUGGAUGUAAGUUUUUGCACUGUCUUACAUUUUAUGGUGAAAUCAAGGUUUUUAGCUGUGUGCAAUUUUUUUUUUUCUCAACAAAACAGCUACAGGUGGCGAAUGUGAGGGUGAUGCUAAUGUGCAUGAGCUAGGAAGAGUCCAAAAGGAUGACUUAUUUUAAAUUAUUUGCAUUCAUGUAUAUUAUGCACAGUACAGUGUUUGAAUGAUGUGUGUGUUUAUGAAUUAUUUUAGUGCUAAACGAUGUCACCACCUUUCGACUGCAAAACCACGUUGGUCCAAUGAUGCAGUGCCCUCUACUGUGCGUUAGCGUGAAGUGAACCUACUUUUUAAAGUUUGCUUUCUCACAAGGUCCUGACACGUUUGUCCAUCCACCUAAGGAGAGUGAGCGUGUCCCUGAUUAUCCACUUCUGUUUCAUUUUUUUAUGUUAUACAUUCAGCAAACUUUCCUAUUGACUGUUCACCUUCAAGGAUGUCAAUGUAAUGUUGUACUUAAAGAAAUCAACCGAAAAUUUAUAUAUAUACACAUACAUACACACACAUAUAUCCCAGUUUUUCGUUAUGUUUUUGGAUUUUUUCCCCCCUUCUUCUUUGAAAAGGACUGUGUGCUUCGCCUUUACUCUACAUGGAUGAAUGUUGGGAUGAAUCUCUAGGGACGUUUCCUAUCAUCUGCAAAGUGAACUUUACAUUGUUCCCUAGAAAGACACUUAUUGUGUCUGUUUUACAUGGUGCUUCUCACCUACUGGCACCUCUAUUUGACGGGUCGUAGGUGCUUAUUGAGGAAGUAUAGUGUGUCAUGUUCCAUGGUGUUAUUAAAACUGAGUUAAAGGAACAGUUGGAUCAAACAUGCUAAUGUGGCUAACAGUGAAUGGAAGGUUAUAGCCAGUCACCAUCACAUUAUGUGUGUAAUGAUUAGCCCACAAAUGCCUUCUUUGUGAACCUUACUGGGGAAAAAAUGGACUGGUUUUUGCUGGUCUUGUGCUUGACUGAUUUUCGGUUUAGCUGGGAAAGUUCACACUGCUAGAUCAUUGUCAUUUUUGUUCUGCGGUAACAUUAGCAUGGUGGCUAAUUCACCACUGCCUAGUUCUGUUUAGCUACGACAGUCGUAGCAUUUAAAACUUGAAACUCGAUGACCGUAAAACAAAGAAAGCUACAGUUUCUCACAGGUUGAAUGGGACUUUUGUAAAGCUUGUCCAAACUAGCAACAUUAGCUAUGAAAGAACGCGUUUGUAGGAGCGGCGCAGUUAUCUCCAACGGUGGCUGUGUGUUUCCACUCAGUGUUAGCAAUAGCAACAUUAGCUUCUUUGACUGAACUAUUCCUUUGAGACGCCUUCGCCCUCUAUUGAGAUCCAUCAUUGUUCCCUUUUGACAUUUUUGAUCUUGUUUUUGCGCACUCCUGGCCACCGUUGUCCUCUGCCGAUGUUGUUAUUGUCCUUUUUUUUGGGAUUUCAUCAUUUCUUUCUCUGUGUGUAUAUGACUAAUGAAAUGUGUGGGUAUAGAGAGGAGAGUUUGGGGUAAAUUUGAGUGCGUUAACUGGUGUGAUGUGCGAACCUAGAGAGGGAGGGUAAUUUAAAACAGAUGACACGUACUGAUAAAUGAAAACUAAAGUAAAAAAAAAUAUAUGUGCUUGUAUUUUUAUCUCAUAUUAUUAGAACAGUCGUUCACUUUAUUAUAUUGUCAAAAAUAAAGGGGGUGGACCAUCAGACGAGGACACGGCGAAUCAGCUCAGUUCCUCCGUUUGGCGCCCUGAAACUAUGGCAGCUUUUGAAACGUAGGGGUUUACCUUUUAGGGGGAAUCCUCUUUAACAAACACCCCCUUCACAAAAAAUGACAAAAAAAUACAAAUAGAAUAUAUUUAAAAAAAAAUUGAAUGGUGUAUCUGAUAUCUAUGGUGAUUGUGCCUUUCACUAUUCUGCAUGGUUUUUGUGAUUUGCUGACGUUUCGAUCCCCUCUGUGUGGGCAGUGGUCCAGAAGCAGUAGUAGAGACCUAUGCAAAAAUACCAGGAUGGGGUUCCAGCAUCCAUUCAGAAAUGCAGGUACCAGACAAAAAAAGAAUAAAAGAAAAAACUCUCAGGAUGAAAAGCGAA